AUGCAAACUCGAGUGUUCUCACAUCUCAGCUCGAAAACGUUGCGUCAGAUUCGGAGUGAAUCCAUGAUGCCAUCCAGUUGUUUUUCCAUCGCUCAAUUAAUGAUUCGAAAGGAAUACUCUUCAUCAUCAUCAUCAGUUUCAAAGGAACAAAUUAACAAAUUGUGUUUACUUUCUAGAGUCUCUUUUCAAGAGGAAUCUCAAUUAAACAAACUCACUCAAGAUGUUAAUAAUAUUAUGAUGUGUCUGGAUAUUUUGCAACAAUCACCGGUGAGUGAUGAAAUUCAACCCAUGUAUAGCCCCAUGCAAUUUUAUAAGAAGAGAAGUAAUCGAUGGAGAGAGGAUGUAGCCUCUACGAAUACUUCCGAGGCCGAGUCAAUUGCACGUCGAAAGAAUAUCAUUCAGAGCAAUACAAAGGAUGUCAAGGCUGGAUACUUUAUUGCUCCAAAAGUCAAGUAA